GAGGCAAAAGAGAGUUCCUGCCCUCAAGGAACAAUGAAGAAAGGUCCUAUGUGUCAAGGAUUACUCUAAGGGGAUGGACACCCCAAUUCCCAAACCCCUUAGCUUUCUGGGAGUCUGGCUACUGGUGGGGCCAUGGAUCUGUCCUAGGGCAAGGAAUUCUGAGGGCCUGGAACCCCAGGGACAGAUGUAGGUGGGAACAGAGAAGCUAUGCAGCCUGUGUGGGGCCAGGCCUUGGAAAAUUGGGUUUGGGGAGGUUGUUUUUUAUGUCCUUAAGAAAUGAAAAAGAAUAAGGCUGAAUAAACAUGACUACAUUAACUCGCUGAAAAGCCUCCUGCCAUUUUAACUCUGUUCCUGGAGAAAUAAAAGAAAAAUAAUUUGUCCACCCACACUCAGAUCUUUCUGACGAAGGUAGGUGAAUAUUGCUUUGCUAAUCGAGUGUGACGGCUGGAUGUGAAGCCACACUGAUGGAUGCAGGAUUGAAAGGAAUCAACAGCUUUAAAAAAAAUAAAAAAAUAAAAAAAAAGGAAGUAGCUGCUACUGGGUCCCAGCAGAACUGGGAGUCACUAAGCUUGACUGUGUUCCUGGCUUCUGCAGGUCUCCCCCAACCCAUAGCAAUGGAGGCUAUCGAUGAGAAUGAGGGGCACCCAGACCAGCAGGGGGAAACAGCAUCACCCCCACAGUCCUCGGAGAAAGAAGCACAGCCUGCCCAGUGUCCCUGGGGACAACCUCUGACUGGAGGGGGCAGCAUGUGCUUGUUCGCCAUCUCUCAAUUCUUGCUUGCCUUGGGAGUGCUCUGGCUCAGUGGGUAUGGCACCAUCGCUCUACAGGGGGUCAUGGAUAUGAGCUCCUCCUUGCUCUCCCCAUUGGGACAAUUGUUCAUCGUUCCAGAGGUCUGUCUCAAAAUGGGAAACAUGGAAACAUCUGGAUUUCUGGUGGCUGUCCUGGCUUUCGGCCUGGUCCUUGCUAUGAUCUUGAUUUGGCAUCUCCUGGGAACUUCCCCAGAACUUCCCACGCCUCAGUCUGAAGACAGACGCCAGUCUGUGAGCCGCCAGCCAUCUUUCACCUACUCAGAGUGGAUGGAGGAAAAAAUGGAGGAUGACUUCUUGGAUCUGGACCCCGUCCCUGAGACACCUGUGUUUGACUGCUCAAUGGACAUCAAACCGGAGGCUGAUCCCACCUCCUUGACAGUCAAAUCCAUGGGCCUCCAAGAGAGGAGAGGCUCCAAUGUGUCCCUGACCCUGGACAUGUGCACCCCGGGCUGCUCUGAGGAAGGCUUUGGCUACAUCAUGUCUCCACGUGAGGAAUCAGCCCGUGAGUACCUGCUCAGUGCCUCCCGGGUCCUCCAGGCUGAGGAGCUCCACGAGAAGGCGUUAGACCCAUUCCUGCUGCAGGCAGAGUUCUUCGAAAUACCCAUGAACUUUGUGGACCCUAAAGAGUACGACAUUCCCGGUCUGGUGCGGAAGAAUCGCUACAAAACCAUUCUUCCUAACCCCCAUAGCAGGGUAUGCCUUACCUCGCUGGACCAAGGUGACCCCCUGAGCUCAUAUAUCAAUGCCAACUACAUAAGAGGCUAUGGAGGGGAGGAGAAGGUGUAUAUUGCCACUCAAGGGCCUAUCGUCAACACCGUGAGUGACUUCUGGCGGAUGGUAUGGCAGGAGCACGCCCCCAUUAUUGUGAUGAUCACCAACAUCGAAGAGAUGAAUGAGAAAUGCACAGAAUACUGGCCAGAGGAGCAGGUCAUAUAUGACGGGGUGGAGAUCAUCGUGAAGCAGGUCAUCCAGGCUGAUGAUUACCGACUUCGACUUAUCACCCUGAGGAGUGGGUCUGAGGAGCGUGGCCUGAAGCAUUACUGGUUCACUUCAUGGCCAGACCAGAAGACCCCCGAUCGGGCCCCCCCGCUGCUGCAGCUGGUCCUGGAGGUGGAGGAAGCGGCUGGCUGGGAGGGGCAGAGCUUUGCCCCAAUCAUCGUUCACUGCAGUGCUGGGAUCGGGAGGACUGGCUGCUUCAUUGCCACCAGCAUCUGCUGCAAGCAGCUGCAACGAGAAGGUGUGGUGGACAUCCUGAAGACCACCUGUCAGCUCCGGCAAGAUAGGGGCGGGAUGAUCCAGACGUGUGAGCAGUACCAGUUUGUACACCAUGUCAUGAGCCUGUAUGAGAAGCAGCUUUCUUCCCAAGCCAAGGAGUGACCGCUCCUCGGGCCGGAGAGCACAGCCCUGGCCCGAGACCCACCGAGGCCGAGACCAGGCCCCCCCCCCCCCUCCCCAGGGCCCGAGAGCAUCGGAAGCUCCUCCCUUAGCUUUGUUUUGGUCAUCGCUGCUUCAUCUGCUCUGCUGUCUGCCCCAGCCAUGAGAACCCCCUCCAACUGCAGCUUUCGCCACUGUAAAUACCAGAAGGGGGGGCCUGGGGCCAGGAGGCCGGCCCAGCCCCCCCUCCCCGCCCCUGCUGAGCCCUGCCCCAGCCCUGGCUCACCCGGCAGCCCCCAGGCCCGUUUUUUAACUUGAUCCAAAUACUGUGUGUGCUGGGCUCCGUGUAUCCCACUGCAAUGUAUACUGUCUGUCCAUGUGUUUCUGAUGUUUUAACCGGACACUGUGUCUCCUCUGCCUGGGCUAAGAGCCCAUUCUGGGGAGCAGCUCAUUCUAGGGAGGGAGGGGGAGCCUUGGAACCUGGCUAACAAAUGGGAACCAGGUAAGGAGCGAACUCAGGGGGAUCCCCUGAGUCUGGGAGAGAGGGGAUGGGGCCAGAGUCUGCCCCCUGGCCGGACCCUCUGCCUGCUCCACCUAACCCCAGCCUUAGCUUCCCCUCCCCCAGUCUCCAGCUGCCUGCCCCCUUAGCUGCCCUAACCCACCCCUGAGCCGAGACUGUCCUUCUUCCCAAUCCCAGUGUAACCAGCAUCCCUCCUCUACAAAUGGCUCUCUUCUCCCAUUCUCAGCCGGAACCCGCUGCACCCUCCUCACCCUCUUCCUUGGGCUCCCCAUCACUCCUCCCCACAGCUGCCCCUGCGGAAGAACAAUCACACAUUUUCAUUGUCCCCCCCCCCCAGCACCCUGAGAAGGGGUGCUUCCUUCCAGUCAGUGCCAUCUCCCUCCCCAGGAGAGAAAAGAAUGGGGAGGGGGACGGGGAGGGCCCCAGGUCUGUGCAGAGCAUUUUCCCGUGUCAUGUGGGGACGUUCUCCCAACCCGUGUAUCCGUGGGUCUGUUCCGUGUCCGUGAGUGUGUAGAGAACCCCUCAGCAGGGUGUGCAUGAUCUUGGCAACCUGUGCUAUCCCGGAGCCGUGUGGUUUUAUCGCUGACUUUUAAGUAUUUAAGCUAUGGCAGACAGAGGCGUCUUUUUCUAACUCCGCUCGUGGUCACUGAAUAGAGCAAUAAACACCGCAUUUGGA